AUGAAGCUGCAGGCGGUGAUGGAGAACCUGCAGCGGCAGCAGCGCGCACGGCUGCAGCAGGCGCUGGAAGCACGGCAGCAGGAGCAGCAGCAGCAGCAGCAGCAGCGCUCCACGCCGCCUCCUGCGCAGCCCCCGCCAGCCCCGGGGCAGACCCCCGCCAGCACCCCGGCCCGCGGCCGCGGCCAGGAUCCGGCCCCGGCGCCCUCGGAGGAAGGCGCAGAGCCCGAGAGCGCGCACAUCCAGCGGGCGCAGAUGGCCGCCCUGGCCGCCAUGCGGGCAGCGGCUGCCGGCCUCAGCCACUCAUCCAGCCCGGGGCUGUCGGAUGAGAGCCAGGCCUCCGAGGAGGAGGAGGAGCGCGGCGAGGAGGAGGAGGAGGAUGGCGGGUACCAGCAGGAGAUGGGCUCCGAGGAGGAGGAGGAGGAUCUGAAGGGCAAGUGGGAUGAAGACGACUUUGAAGAGGACCUGGGCGAGGAGGAGGAGGAAGAGGAAGAAGAGGAGGAGGAGGAGGAAGAGGAAGACUACGAGGAGGAGGAGGAAGACAUGGGAGAGGAAGGGCUCAGCUCGGCAGAGGCGGUGCGGGCAGGCGCGGGAUCCUUGCUGCUCCGCAAGCCCCCGGCGCCCCAGCACUACCGGGGCGAGCCGCAGCGGCUGCCGGGCGGGCAGGAGCGGCUUCCCUCUGGACUGGGCCACGCACAGCCCCCGCCGCCGGCGUCCGACCACGGCGACUGGACCUACGAGGAGCAGUUCAAGCAACUGUACGAGCUGGAUGGCGACCCCAGGAGGAAGGAGUUCCUGGACGAUCUCUUCAGCUUCAUGCAGAAGCGAGGGACCCCCGUCAACCGGAUCCCCAUCAUGGCCAAGCAGGUGCUGGACCUGUACAUGCUGUACACGCUGGUGACGGAGAAGGGCGGCCUGGUGGAGGUGAUCAACAAGAAGCUGUGGCGGGAGAUCACCAAGGGGCUGAACCUGCCCACCUCCAUCACCAGCGCUGCCUUCACCCUGCGCACCCAGUACAUGAAGUACCUGUACCCCUACGAAUGUGAGAAACGAGGGCUGAGCAACCCCAACGAGCUGCAGGCGGCCAUCGACAGCAACCGGCGGGAGGGUCGCCGGCAGGGCUUUGGCAGCUCCCUCUUCACCUACUCGCCCGGCGGCACCCACGGCCUCCUCUCCUCCCCGAAGCUGCCGGUGCCGGCGCUGGGACUGGCCUCUGCCACCAACGGCGGGUCCAUCGCCCCCGUCCAGAAGAUCAAGAAAGAGGAGGACUCCCCCAUCCCCAUCUCCAUGCCCAGCCGGCUCCCCGUCUCGCUGGCCGGCCACCCCGUGGUGGCAGCCCAGGCGGCCGCGGUGCAGGUGGCGGCAGCCGCCCAAGCCGCGGCGCUGGAGCAGCUGCGGGAGAAGCUGGAGUCGGGGGAGCCCCCGGAGAAGAAGAUGGCGCUGGUGACGGACGAGCAGCAGCGGCUGAUGCAGCGGGCGCUGCAGCAGAACCUCCUGGCCAUGACGGCCCAGCUGCCCAUGAGCAUCCGCAUCAACAGCCAGGGCACCCAGAACCGCCAAGACUCCGCCGCCGGCCUGAGCAGCAACGGCACCAACAGCAUCAGCAUGUCGGUUGAGAUCAACGGUAUCGUCUACACAGGUGUGCUGUUCGCCCAGACGCCCGGCCCUUCCUCCUCUUCCUCCUCCUCCUCCUCGCUCCCCUCCUCUGCCUACAGCAAAGGCAACGGCGGCAGCGGCGGCAGCCGGAGCAGCGGCAGUGGUGGCGGCGGCGGGGUGGGGGGCGGUGGCAGCGUCCCCCCCGCGGCCCCGGCCGGGCUGGCCGUGCCCCCCAGCUCUACCUCCAACAACGCUUCGCCUUAA